AUGACACUGAAUACACCAUUAUACAGAAUACAACCAUGGCAAAUUGUUCCCUAAUUAACGCAACGUUGACGUGUAAUCAUACAGAUUGGCUAUCAAAGUACUACUAUGAGGAUAUGUUUCAGGCCGCAACGGAGAUGUCACAAUCGCGCAGAUUUGACGAAACAACAGAAGCAAUUAUAAUUGCCUUUUACGCCAUCUUAAUCGUAUUUGGUGCAACAGGAAAUGGGCUUGUAUGUUAUGUUGUGACUAGAAAUGCCCACAUGAGGACACCCAGAAAUAUAUUUAUUAUCAAUUUGUCGAUAUCAGAUCUUACACUUUGCCUUUUCACGCAACCGUUAAAUUUGUAUAGAUUGUUACAUCACUACUGGUUGCUAGGAGGAUUUAUGUGUAAGUUUGUUGCCAUGUGCCAAGGCACUAAUAUAUUUGUGUCAACCAUUAGUAUAACGGCCAUUGCACUUGACAGAUUUCAGGUAAUUGUAUAUCCAACAAAAGACAGUAUGAAGAAAUUAGGUGCUGCGGCAGCACUUGUGUCAAUUUGGAUCAUUUCAUUUUUCAUGGCAAGUCCAUUAUUAAUAUUUAACGUAUAUAAGGUGUCAAAACCAAUUGAUGUUCCUGUGUAUUUCUAUCAUUGUCAUGAAGACCUUACAUUGAUUGAAGAGAAAGGAGCAUACUCAAUAGCAUCUAUGGUUGUUCAAUACAUAUUGCCUAUUGCUAUUGUGGUCGUUGCGCAUGCAAGAAUAUGUCACAAACUCAAAUACAGAAUGGUUAAUCAAAAUAAUCAAGCACAAAACACAAGUCGGUCACCAUUUCAAAAAAAGAAAAAUGAACGCCAAGAAAGAAGAAAAAGACGAACAAAUGUUUUACUAGCCAUGAUUGCAAGCGUGUUUGCAAUUAGCUGGUUUCCGUUAAACAUUUUAAAUAUAUUACUUGACGUAUCAAACGGCAAACUGAAAGCAUUAGAAGAAAAUGUUUCCGUUGCAUUUGUUGUCUGUCAUAUUUUAGUCCUCAGUUCUGCAUGCACAAAUCCACUUCUUUACGGAUGGCUUAAUGAAAACUUCAGAAGUGAGUUCAUAAAAGUAUUGUGUUGUAAAUGUUGUUAUAAAGUUAAGAAAUCCGUACAGAAUUGUUGCGCACAAAUAGAAGGCACAGAAGUACCAGUUAUCAUAUUUACUCGGGAAACGAAUGGUGGGAAUUGUACGACACAAGUCGAGAAGGAUGGCUACUCAGUUACUGGGACUGCACUAAAUUCCGUCACCGAGUUCAGAUCUCAGGUUUCCUUGUAAAUAACAUUGCUGCAAAGGCCUUAUUACAAUGAUGAAGUUUUUUAAGCAAUGUAACAUUUGUUUGAAAGUAUGAUUCCUAAUAUUAUUGCAAUGAUUGUAAUGAAUAAUUCUUUUUUUGCAGGAUUUUUGGUACAAACACAAAAGUUAAUAUAGAUAUUGCGAAUGAUUUACUUUUUUAUUCCUAUGA